AGUUGGAUUUCCAGUUUCCACUUCUGGUAUUGAUGAUCUUUAAAGUGCAUUUGGAUCCAAGACAUUUUCUAUCACUGAACAAAUCAAGACCCUCCUUUCCUAUCUCAGAGCAAUACAGACAUCUUAAUAUCAUAUGACCUCAUUUCUCCAAAUUAAAUGAAAAAAGAAUUUUCUCUAGCUUUCCAUGAAGCUCAGCUAUUGCCUGUUAAUUUUGACUGUUAGUGCUGAUCUUUCAAUUGGAUUUACACUGGAAAAUGUAGCUUUUGAGUCUUUCAAUGCAUCACUUCAUACAGUGUCUCAAGCUUUAGUAAGUUCUCCAGCACACCAUGAUAUCAUAGCCAAAGAGGGGACCAGUAUUUUAAUUGAAUGCAAACUGAACAUCAGCCAGUAUGAAUAUAUUCGUUGGUAUAACUCCAGAGGACACCUGCUUGAACAGAAAGAUGAAGGUGGCCGGUGGAGGAUUGCUGAUAAUUCCCUUAACAUCACAAAGGUCAACUUUGCUGACCGGGGGCGAUACACGUGUGCAGCUGUUAAUCAUAACGACACCUUAUAUUACACAGUCACCCUGAGAGUCAUCUUCACCUCAGGAGACAUGAGUAUCUACUACAUGAUUGUGUGCCUCAUUGCCUUUGCUAUCACCCUCAUUUUAAACAUAACCCGUCUGUGCAUGAUGAGCAGUCACCUCCGCAAAACAGAGAAGGCUAUCAAUGAGUUCUUCAGGACGGAAGGCGCUGAGAAGCUUCAGAAGGCUUUUGAGAUAGCCAAGCGUAUCCCUAUUAUUACAUCUGCCAAAACACUAGAGUUGGCUAAAGUCACUCAGUUUAAGACCAUGGAGUUUGCUCGGUACAUUGAAGAGCUUGCCAGAAGCAUUCCCCUUCCACCUCUGAUCCUUAACUGCAGAGCGUUCAUGGAGGAGAUCUUUGAGGCUGUGCGAGUUGAUGAUCCUGACGAAGUUGGUGAGGAGGAAAAGCAGACCCAAGCCUGCGGUACCCAAGCUGCGAUAUACCCCGUCAACCCAGAGAUCAAGCGCAGCGAUUCACCAGCCGGGGAUUCAGACGAUGGGUCCAUGAAUGAGCAAGGUCAAGAGAUAGCCGUUCAGGUGUCCAUUCACCCACAGUCAGAAGUGCAGAGCAUCGACACGCUUUCUCACGACAGCUGCCAGUUUGCGCCUUCUGAGGAAGGCACCUGCUGAGUCCAGCCAUAUGCUGUUGUGAAAGAAGCAGAGGUGACCCUAGGAUACUGCGAGAAAGGAGUCUGCAAACAAGCUGCCUCAAUCCCAUACGCACAAGAGUUUUCCAAAUUGCAAAGUGCCAGAACUGCUACCGAAAUCUGUAUUUUCUGUCAGUGUUGACCUAACUAUUUCAAGUCUGUUGGAGAAGGCCAUUUGGAAUAUUGUGCAGUGGCUUUUCUUUUUAAAGCAAGCUUGCUACACUUAAAAUAUUUACAAAAUAGGAAUUCUUUGUCCUUGUCUCCUUGGUAGCUCCUGAUACUUCCGAUCUGUAUUAGAAGUGGCCAAGCUGAGCGGUACAACUUGCAAUAAGAUCUUUUCCUUUGUGAACGCUUUCUUUCUUCCUUCACAAAGUGGAGCCAGAAUUCCUCUGAGUCAGUGUUGU